CCUUGUAAUCCGUGGUGAAAAGGAUGAAAAAGCAGUGUUGUGCAGCAAAGAUAAAACUUACGACAUGAAAAUAGCAGAUACCUCAAAUAUGCUGCUGUUUAUUCCUGGUUGCAAAACGCCAGAACAGCUGAAUGCAGAUCAAGCAUCUUGUAAUAUUAUUCAUUCACAGAUCGCUGGCUUUUCCAAUAACUACUGGGAAUUAAGGAGAUGCCGACCUAAACUGAAGAAACUGAGGAAGCUUUUAAUGGAAGAUCCAUAUGAAGGGCCAGACAGUUGGAAAGAUCAGACUUCAACACUUCCAAAGUAUACAACAGAAGAUUUGUUAAGUCUGAUUCAAGCAAGCGAAGAAGAAAUACUGCACCAAUUGCAGGUUAUAAAUGCUUGCAAAAUUGAAGGAUAUUGGAGAAUUCUAGGAUUUGACUAUGAGAUGAAACUCUUGAAUCAUGUGACUCAGCUAAUAGACUCAGAGUCCUGGUCUUUAAGUAAGGUUCCUUUACGUACCUGCCUUGAGGAACUGGGAUCUCUAGAGCCCACAGAGAUGAUAGAACAUAUUCUUUUAAGCUAUGGAAGGAAAUACAUGGAUGAUGGGGAGGUUUACUUUGAAAUGCAUGAAGAUAAAAUAUGCAGAGCUAUAGCACAAAUGCUUUUGCAAAAUGCAGUUAAAUUCAAUCUGUCUGAGUUUCAAGAAGUCUGGCAACAAAGUGUCCCUGAAGGGAUGACAACCAGGCUUGAUCAGCUUAAG